UUCCACUUAAGAGCGACGAUGUGUUCUGCUGUCGGCUAGUCGGGCCUCGCCGCUCCUCGGCUCUCUGUUGUUACUUUUCCCAGGCGGCUAGCCGUUAGCCGCUAGCCGCUCGCCAGCAGGCGAAAUUGCGAUCUAGCAGAAUGAGCACGACGUGGGCGGUUGAACACAAGUGAAGUGAACUCGAUGAUCCAGGAUGUCAGGAUGGACUGGCGGCCAUUUUUGCCAGACGUCCUGGUGUUGGAGAUCUUCCUGCGUCUGCCCCACGACGCCGUGCUGAGGGCGGGCCUCACCUGUCGCCAGUGGCUGGCCGUCUCCAGGGACGAGUUCCUAUGGCGGGAGCUGUUCUACUCGUACUACCGCAUCCCCCGCGCCGUACCCCGACACCCAGCUGCCGCGUCGUGGUACAAGGAGUUCAAGCGUCUGUUUGACUGCAUCCCGUGCGUGGAGGUCCAAACGCUGAGGGAGCACAGCGACCAGGUGCUCCAUUUGGCCUUCUCCCACCGGGGCCACCGCUUCUCCUCGUGCUCCAAAGACUGCACCGUCAAGCUUUGGGACACGGAGCGGCCCGACGGCAACAUCUCGCUGGUGCACAGUUCCAGCAUGCGUCAGUUCAACUGGGGCUACACGCAGUUCUCGCAGUUCAACGCCGACGACAGCCUGCUGCUGGUGUCGGGCGUCUACCUGGGGCCGCAUCACUCGUCCUCGGGGGAGAUCGCCGUCCUCAGUCUGGAGAACUACACGCUGCUGUCGCGGGUGAGGAACAAGCCGUACGACGUGUUUGGCUGCUGGCUCAACGAGACCCACCUGAUCUCGGGCAACCUGCACUGGAUCGGCAACAUGACGUCGUGCUCCGUGCUCUGGCUCAACAAAGCCUUCCAGGAUAUCGAGUCGGAGAACGUCAACGUGGUGAAGCGUCUCUUCAAGAUCCAGAACAUCAACGCCAGCACCAUCCGCACCGUCAUGGUGGCCCACUGCCGCCGUCACGACAACCCGGACCUGCUGCUGGACUACGACGCUCAGUCUCAGGCCCGCGGGCCCGACGGCCAACAGCAGCACCGGCAGCGGCGGCCGCACCGGCCGCUCCUCUUCGACCUGGGAACGUCCGGCAGCGACGAGGAAGACGAGGAGGCCCCGGCGGACCCGAGAGACGGCGGAUGUCACGGAUCGCCCGCCUCCAUUUCCGGCCUGGAGCACUUGAAGCAGACUUGUAAGAACAUGGAGCCCAGCCAGGUGGCCCUGGAGAGACAGGUGGCUCAGAUGAUGGGGCGGGUCUACACCAAAGCCCCAGACUCAAACCUAAUGGAGACCUCGGAGUCCGCCGAAGGCGAGGACAAGACGUACUUGUUGUUUACCACCGGCAGCCUCACGUACUCUCCUCACCAGAUAGGCAUUAAGAGGAUCAAGCCGGACCAGAUGACCACCUGCGGACCCGUGCUGGGAGAGGAACGCAGCUCCGACGAGUUCUUCGACUCGCUGGACCACGUCAUCGACAUCCACGGGCACAUCAUCGGGAUGGGCCUCUCUCCGGAUAACCGGUACCUGUACGUGAACAGCCGGGCGUGGCCCGCGGGCUGCGUCAUCUCCGACCCGAUGUGCCCGCCGCCCAUCGCCGAGGAGAUCGACCUUCACGUGAUCGACCUGAAGAGUCUCAGGGAGGAGCGGCGCAGUCUCCGGGCGCACCGGGCCUUCACGCCCAACGACGAGUGCUUCUUCAUCUUUCUGGACGUCAGCAGGGAUUUCGUUGCCAGCGGCGCCGAAGACAAGCACGGCUACAUCUGGGACCGCCACUACAACAUCUGCCUGGCCCGGCUGGCCCACGACGACGUGGUCAACUCGGUGGCCUUCAGCCCCGCCGACCAGGAGCUGCUGCUGUCCGCCAGCGACGACGCCACCGUCAAGGUGUGGCGCUCCCGCCGGGCCGUGCGCGUGGCGCGGGACGCCGCCCGCCUCGCCCGGACCCAGCGCCGCCCCGGCCUCUUGGCCUCCUGGCUCUACCGCGGCAGGGGCCUCAACGGCAAGUUGUGACACUCGACACUAGGGGGCGCCAUUUCCUAAAUGUGCGAGCACACAUUAUUGACAGCUGAACUGUUACGAGACUUUGUUUCUUUUUAAUAUCACUUUGUUACGGACAGACAUGACACUAGGUACUUCUUUUUUAAUUUUAUUUUUUUAAAUUUUAUUCUGGGCGCAAUACAGAUAUAACUUGAGACACAAAAUGAGAAUAUGUGGACCCCAAACUACAAAUUUCUGUCCUCGAAGUAGAAUUUUAGAAUUUUUUUUUUUUUUUUUUUGCCCAGAAUACUCAGUAGAGGGCAUCAAAUAUUAAUUUGUGCUCACAGUAUACAUAUAUCACGUACACAAAAUACUGGUGCAGGUGGCUACGAACUAGGUACGACACGUGUGCACAAAAGUAUUCAUUUUUGGUAACAAAAUACUAAAUUGUGGUCACACUAUAGAUAUAAUAUAGAUUAAAAAAUACGCAGGUACCUUAUAUACCCAUAAUAUGAAUUAUGGCCACAAAGUUGGUAUAAUGUGCACACGAAAUAAUAAUUUGUCGCACCGAAAUAAAAAAUACCGUGAGCACAUUUCAAAGAUUGAAUUAUGGCCACAAAGUUGGUAUAAUGUGCACACGAAAUAAUAAUUUGUCGCACCGAAAUAAAAAAUACCGUGAGCACAUUUCAAAGAUUGAAUUAUGGCCACAAAGUUGGUAUAAUGUGCACACGAAAUAAUAAUUUGUCGCACCGAAAUAAAAAAUACCGUGAGCACAUUUCAAAGAUUUUUUUUUUUUUUUUCUGUGUCACGUUUGGGGCCACACAGUCCGAACACUAAGUUAUUUUUUUGUCGUUGUUUUAACAUCAUAUCUCACGGUUUUGUGGACUAUUUUUUUAAAAAAAAAAGAGAAAACUCUUCAUAUUGGGACUAAGUCGUUCAAACGGGAUCGACCGCGUUCGUCAACACUGCACGGGUACUUAAACCCGCGUCCAGUGGAUGGACAUAUAAAUUUUGUCUUUUUGUUUUUCUUUUUAGGAUUUUGCCAAUUUUGUUUUUACAUACAUUGAUUUAAAAGAUUUAUUUGUAUGUAUUGAACAGCACACUGGAUUCCUUAACACUGUUCGAAUUGAAAUAAAACAACUCCAGUUGCCAACACGUUA